AUGGGGUGGAGUUGGUUUCUGAUGACAGGGAUUCCGGCCCUCGCUCCACUGCUCCUAACAAGUGCUGUGGUGCUGUCCUGGAAAUGGGCCAAGAUGAUCAAAGCCAGGGAAAAGGAGCAGAAGAAGAAGCAAAAACGUCAAGAAAAUAUUACCAAAGUCAAGCGACUAUAA